AUGGCGGCGCCCAGUGGCGCCAUGAGCGGACUGGAGAGCAGCGGCGGCGGCAGCAGCGACAGCGACGCGGAGGAGCUAGCGCGGUGCCGCGAGGCGGCGAUGCCAGCCUGGGGCUUGGAGCAGCGCUCGACGGGGCCGGGAAGGCCGCGAGCCGACCCUGCAAAGAACCAGUUGCCAACCACCCAGCCAAGCCUCAGGCGCAAGGUGCAUGAGCAGGACGGCAACGAGCUGCAGACCACCCCCGAGUUCCGAGCCCACGUAGCUAAGAAGCUGGGAGCCCUCCUGGACAGCUCCAUCACCAUCUCAGAGGUGGCGAAGGCGCCGGCAAAGGCCGGGCCCCGAAGAGUCCCGGUGGAGGACAGUGGGUUCCGCCUUUUCUUCACCUCCCUCCCGGGAGACCCUGAGAAGAAAGCGUCCCCUCCGCGCCCCCAAAAGCGGCCGCCUUCCAGCUCCAGCAGCAGCGAGGAGAGUGACCGAGAACUGCAGCGGUGCCGGGAAGCGGCUGUGUCGGCCUCUGACCUCUUGGAGAAGUCCGCCGUCCACGGCCCCGCGCAGAUGGAAAAAGAAGUGAAGAAGAAGAAAAAGAAAAAGAAGAAGCUGCAGGGGCCAGCCCAGGAGGCCGCCAGUGCCAGCCUAGAUGCCCGGGCCACCAUGGACAUGCCAGAAAAGGAGGCGACGAAACUCAAUGGAGACCAGACAUCCCCAAGAGCCAAGAAGAAGAAAAGGAAGAAAAAGGCAAAGCAGGCCAGCGAGGCCACCCCAUCCCCCUGAGUGCAGAGCACAGCGGCUGAGCCUGCGGGCUGGGCCGAGGACCGGCAGGACCAGGCUCUGUCCCCGGGGCCGCCCGGGUUUGGGCAGAAAAGGGGCUGGAGGGUGAGCGCAGGAGCCAGGCUGCGCCUGCGUUGAUGCUGAGGGUGGGCAGGCCUGGGGUGCCGCGACUUUCUGUGGCUCUGGGAAGGAGCCCGACGGCCCUGCAGGACUGGACACCCCCACACACACCCACACCGAGGGGGCCGACCUCCCAGCUGCAGGGAGAUGCUUCCACUUCAGACCACACAGACUCGGCUUUCACUGUAGCCGGAAAAGAGCAGUUUUCCUCCCUGCAGGGUUCCAGAAUUUUCUUUCUGAGCCUUUGUGAGUAUUGAGAAUAAACCACCCAGAAUU